AUGGCGAUGAAUAACGAUUUCGGAGCUUUCAUUGAGAAAUCUACAAUCUCUCCAAGGCCUUCUUCCUCGUCUCCUCCUCUUCAGGGUCUUUCUUUAGCCAUUAAAGACAUUUUUGAUGUGGAAGGGCGUGUAACCGGUUUUGGUAACCCGGAUUGGUUAAGGACACAUUCGGCAGCUACUUCCACAGCUCCAGCUGUUUCAUCUCUCUUAGAAGCUGGUGCCACCUCAUUGGGUUUUACCAUUAUGGAUGAAAUGGCAUACAGCAUAAACGGAGAAAAUGUACACUACGGGACUCCGAUAAACCCAAUUGCUUCCGGUAGAGUCCCUGGUGGAUCUUCAAGUGGCUCUGCCGUAGCUGUAGCCGCCGGUCUUGUGGAUUUCUCUCUUGGAACUGAUACCGGAGGGAGUGUGCGAGUUCCGUCAUCUUACUGUGGAAUAUUCGGUUUCCGGCCAUCCCACGGAGUUGUUUCUACUGCCGGAGUUACUCCACUGGCUCAGAGCUUCGACACAGUUGGAUGGUUUGCUCGGGACGCAGCCACUUUGAAACGUGUAGGCUCUGUUCUCCUGCAGCAGCCUCACUUAAACCUCAUAGAACCAGCUCAGCUAGUUGUCGCGGAAGACUGCUUCAAGCUGUCUAGUGUACCACGUGAUCUGUUGGUGGAGCCUCUGGUUCGAUCCGUGGAGAAAUCGUUUGGAGGCAACACUGUAACAAAGAAGGUGAACCUUGGAGAGUACGUUGAAGAAAAGGUUCCGAGUCUGAAGCAUUUCAUGACAAGUGAACAUGUCACGACACAGAAAGAGUUCUGCAUUCCGUCUCUGAUGGCUCUGUCGAAUUCAAUGAGAUUGUUACAGAGGUACGAAUUCAAUAAGAACCACGGUGAAUGGGUUUCGUCGGUGAAGCCAAAGUUUGGUCCUGGAAUAUCAGAACGGGUUGAGGAAGCUAUCCAGACGUCUGACGAACAUACAGACCUUUGCCGGUCCGUGAAAUCGGAACUUGUAACGUCUCUUUCAAGUUUGCUCGGGGAGAAUGGUGUGUUGGUGAUUCCGACGGUGCCAGGUCCUCCACCGCAUCUCCAAGCUGACGUGGUUGCACUAGAAUCUUUCCGCCAAAGAGCCUUCAGCAUGUUAUCCAUCGCCGGCUUUUCUGGUUUCUGUCAGGUGAGCAUACCAUUGGGGCUACACGAAAAUCUUCCGGUAUCCGUAUCCUUGGUAGCUAAGCAUGGCUCAGACGGUUUUCUUCUGAGUCUUGUGGAUUCCCUUUACAAAUCCAUUUGA